GCGGCGCUCGGCCUUCGCCGCGGCGCUGAGCAGCGGCGGGGACGGCCUGGACCUGACCGCCGCCGAGGACGACAGCGCGGCCUGGGACGCGAAGGGGGCCCCGACGACCAAGGGGGGUGGCUCGGGGGCCGCGGAGGUUCCUACUGGCCCGCUGCACCCCCCGGGGCUGGCAGCACUGCCGCCGUCGCCGUGGGCCCCACCUGCCGAUGGCGUGGGCGCGGGCGCCCCGCCGGCCAAGCCCGGCUCGCAGGACCUGGCGGCGCUGCGGGCGUUCGGCCAGGGGUCCGAGGUGCCAGGCCCCUUCAGCCAGACGGCGGCCCUGCAGCAGCAGCAGCAGCAGCCACAGCCGAGCCCAGAGGUAGGCGUGCCAACGUCGGGGCUCAGCUUCCACGCGCCCCAUGCUCCUGCAGACGCGGUGAAGCUAGGGCGCGAGGUCCAGAUGGUGGGCGCCACGCUGCGCGAGUUCCAGGCGCAGGCGGCCACGAACGUGUACUGGGCCUGGCACUUCUGGGAGAGAAUCGCGGCGGUGGAUGGCUCCAUGGGGCUGCACCCUGACCUCCGUCGCGUGCUGCAGACCCACGGCUACGUGGGCGCGGGAACGAAGUCCCCGCCAGGAGGAUCGCUGCAGGAGGAGCUGGACGCGCUGCUCUCCUCCUCCACAGCGCCGCACGGCGGGGGCAUGCACGCCUCCCCUGGGUGGGCCGUGGCUCCGGUGACCCAGCAGCAGCAGGAGGACAGCCGAUGGAACCUCAGCCUCCCGCCGGACCUGCGACGCGCGGCGCCGGAGAUCUACCGCACCAUGCGGGGCGCUGGGGCGGCUAGCGCUCGCGACUGGCUGUCGCAGGAAGUGACGGGCCAGCGACACACGGCAGUCUGGACCGACCUGUGGACUGCCGCCACCAACGUGGACUACUUGCUGGGCGGGUGCAGGACCCAGUCCGAGCUGCUCACCCGCCUGGCGUCCGACGAUGCGCUGGAGCUGCACCUGAGGCGGCUGGCGAACUACGUCUACGAGAUGCGGACGAAGGACAAGGUGGGUGUGGCGGCCAUGCUGGCCGUACGCCCGCCCGGGUCGGCCGCCGACUUGGCUCCCACAUGGCUGGUGACCGAGGCCACGACCCACAGCAAGGCUGAGCACCAGCGUGACGAGAGGGUCCACGCCGCCAGCAAGCACGACAGCCGAGGACGCGCUGGGCUCGACGCAUGCGUGUGGCGUCGGGCCUGUGGGCUCAUCGAGCUCAUGAACGGGAUGGACCGCGGAUCCCUGGAGACGAGACCAGCGGGCCAGCGUGAGCCGAGCAACGACGACAUGAUACUGGCCUGGCAGCUCGUGCAGCAGUAUGCGUUACAGGACGCAGCGCGGUACGAGCGCGACUGCCGGGGGCUUGCCCCGACAGGCGGUCAAGGGACGGAUCUUGCCUGCGACCGAGGACCGCAGGAUGCCUACACAGGAGAGCGCAAGGGUGUGAUCAGGCACGUGAUGAUGUGCGCCGCGGCGGUUGCAGAACCUCCCGACGAUAUGGUCGUGGACCUGCUGGAGGCGCUGCCUGACGGCGAGCGCCAGUACUACUCGGACGAGCUGAACGUUCUGGACUACAGCGGCAAGGCGCUGCCGGGCGUGGGCGCUCGCUCGGGGGCGCUCGCGGGCGCCGCGGCGCCCGCCGAGGGCGGGGCCAGCGGUGCGCCGCGCGCCUCGCCGCCCGAGGACGGGGGGCUGGAGGCGGACGACCGGGGGGGUGCCGGACCUGAGGACGCUCAGCAGCAUCGCUACGACGACGACUGGCUCGGGCAGCAGUCCAGCUGCCGUGCCGCGCCGCCUAGCCCGUCGGGCUACAGCGUGGCGGAGUGGCUAGAGGCGGUAAGGCGGGCGAAGCGGGACGACGAGCGCGCGAUGGUGGCGAUGCAUCUCUUUGCUGGCCGUCGGCGGCGUGGUGACGUUCAGGAGGUGGUGGAGAGGCUGGCGAUGGAACGGAGCCUGAGGGUGCUCUUUCUUUCUGCCGAUCUCCUGGACGACCCGCGGUGGGACCUGGCCAGCCCUCCCGCCUUCUCCGCUUUGAUGGAGCUGUGCGAAGGCGGCUGGGUGGACGUCGUGCUGGGCGGCCCGCCCUGUUCGACCUGGUCGCGGGCUCGCUACAAUCGUCGCCGACCAGGGCCGCCGCCAGUGCGGUCGCGGCGGUGCCCCUGGGGGCUGCCAGGCCUCAGGGCCUGGGAGGCCGCUAGAGUCGCGGAAAGUAACACCCUGACGCUGAACUUGUUGGCACUCUGCGAGGCGUGCGUCCAGAGCGGCGGCGCCUUCCUCAUCGAGCACCCGGAGGACCCAGGGCAUGCGCCCUACCCAUCCAUUUGGAACACGACGGAGAUGCAGGACUUCGAGACGAGGCGCUCGUCUCAGAGAGCGCGCCUGGACCAGUGCAUACUGGGCGGACGGACGAAGAAGCCCACAUGCCUGAGCGGCACGCUGCAGGGACUGAAGGACCUGGAUGAGCUGCGGUGUGACGGGCCCCAUGCCCACGAGACGGCCGAGGGCAAGUUGGCCGACGGCACCUUCCGCACGAGCCCGCUGGCCCAGUACCCCGAGGGGAUGUGCGAAGCGCUGGGCGCCUUGAUUGUCCAGACCCUGGCCAUCUUCGAGCAGGCCGGUCUGGGCGGCACCGGGUGGCGAAGGCCGCCGGAGGCCGACAGGUCGGUCACCGCCUGGAGCUCGCGGAGCACUACGGCACCAGCGGUGGCCGUGCGGAACGAGGACGUGCUUCGCGGCCGUGGGCUGGUGCUGGAUGGGCCGCAGAUGGCCUUCUACCUGCACGUCGACGACGGGGUGGUGAUGGCCGGUGGCAGCGGCUGUGGCCCACGGGCCACUGGGAAGAUGCACCAGCUCGCGGAUGCCCUGGCCGAGGCCGGCUUCGUGGCCACCGACCGCACGGAGGCUAACGACAUGCAGAAGGUGCUGGGCUACGCACCACAGGCGCGCCCAGCGCAGCUGCGCUUGCCCCCGAAGAGGGCGCGGGAGCUGGUGCGGCAGCUGGAGGAGAUGGGCGCCACCCGCACCCUCCACACCGAGGAGCUGCGCUCGCUCUUGGGGGUGUGGAUAUGGGGCGCUCUGCUUCGGAGGGAGCUGCUAUGCAUACCCAGCGCCGUCUUCAGGCUCCUGGAGAGGCACCCGCACCAGCGGGUGUGUACCUGGGCGACCGUCCGCAGGAAACUGCGAGCUAUGGCGCAGGUAGUCCCGUUGAUGUACGCCGACCUGGGAGCCCCGCCAGCCCCCGUGUAUUUCGCGGCGGACGCCAUGGGCGCCAACGUGGAGGACGACGGCGGCUGGGGCAUCCUGGUGACCGACAUGAGCGAGGACAUCGCGAAGGACUUCAUCGACACGGGCGGCAACUUGGGCUACACCGUAGCGCGGCUGGACGGCGAGCUCACUGGAUUGCGACGGCCCGAGCAGGUCAUCCGACGGACGAAGCCCUUCAGCCUCCUGCCCGAUCGCGUGUUCAAGCCCGACGAGGACUGGGCGAUCGUGGGCGCGGGAAGGUGGCGGACGGCCGACCACAUCACGCUGGGCGAGGGGCGCUGCGUCGUGAAGAUCAGUAGACUGGCGGCCGCCACUCCGGCCCUCCACCGCACCGUGCUGCCGAUCCUGGAGGACAACCAGCCAGUCUCAGGCGCGGCAUGCAAGGGCAGGAAGCUGGACAGCACUUCUGUUGAGAAGGUUAAGCCGCACACCCUGGCGGCUUACAGGGCAGCGGCUAUGAAAUUCGCGACCUACCUGGACGAGCGCGGCUUCGUACCCGACGGGCCCGAGCAGUGGGACGACCUGCUUGUCGAGUACAAGAACGACAUGCAGAUGACCAAGUGCAAUUUCGAGUACGCCGUCGCGGCGGUGGUCUUGGGAACGCCGCCCGAGGGGCUCCUCUUUCCCUAUUCGCUCGUCGACUACAGGCUUCGGCUCAAGCAGUUUGAAGCAGCCUUGGGCCUCGACAUUCACUGGGCGCCUCACUCGGCGCGCGCAGGGUUCGCCAGCGAUUCCGUGGCUCGUGGCGUCCCCUUCCAGGACAUCAAGGAGGCAGGGCGGUGGCUCACGGAGUCCAGCCUCCGCAUCUACGUGGACGUUGUCACCGCCUCCAGGGUCCUGGCUCAGGCUGAGCAGCGAGGAAUCGCACCGCUCAUCCGCGAGGCGGCCGAGAAGCUGCCCAACUACUUCCCGGAGGGCAUCUUCGGCGAGGGUGAGGGCAUCCAGCAUGCCGCCAGCGGGCUGGCGCAAGGGCCAGGGCGGCUCCUGGGUGCUGCCUGCGGAGGGAGUCCCUCCAGCGCCGCUGGCGGGGGGCCGCCGGGUGGCCUCGCCAGCGCCCCGAGCGGCGCUAGCCCAGCCGCCUGCGCCAGCACUAGGUGGUGCGGACGCUCAACCUCGCGAGGAGUGACGUGGGCGGCGGUCGCCGCGAUGCUGAUCGGGUGGCGCUACAUGGCCGGGCCGCUGACCCACGUCGGGACCAUGAUGGGCGUCGUGGCCAGCGUAUCCGUCUCGGCAGGCAAAGUGGUCGACAGCAGCCUUGGGGCAGUCAUCGCGGCGGCACAAGGCGCGUCAGACUUCGCCGUGACGUCGCCCCGCAGCUCGGCGAGCCUCCUGCAGGAGGCCUGGCGCGGAGUGGACAUCACCAACCUUCACGUCCGCCAGCGCCACGCCGAGCGGCUCGCGGACGACCCCGAGAUCUUGCAGGCCUGGAUCCAGCGCGAGUUCCUGACAGGCGAGCCCCGACCGCCUGGAGCCGAGCAGGUCGCCACCACGAUCGCUGAGGCUUCGGUUACCAUACCUCACAUGUCGGAGAGAUGGCAGAUAAUGAUCUGGCCCAGUCAAUACCGCGAGCUGCACAUGACACUCGACCUGCUGCCGUCAGGUUUCUACGGAGUCCAUAUGGUCGAGCGAAUCGUGAAUUUCACGGUCCAGUGGAGCAACCCAGUGUGGAACAGCCUCGACUGUGACAUCAGCUCUGGGAGAGAUACAGUCGUAGCUCACAUCAACUCCACUUUGGCAGGGCUCCCGCUCCCCGAGAUUCGCUACAUGUCCAUGACCGAUCGUGAAAUCCAAGUCGCCAGGCUCCCAG